AUGGGCAAGAACACGAUGAUUCGUCGAGCGCUGCAGGUGGGCCACGAUCGCCACCCCGAGGCUGGCCUGGAGAAGCUGCGAGACACGAUCCAGGGGAACAUGGGCUUCAUCUUCGCCACGAACUGCAGCCUGGAUGACAUCCGGGAAUGCCUGACAAAGCACACCCGGCAGUCGGCAGCAAAAGCCGGCCAGGUAUCCAUCGUGGACUGGUUCAUCCCGGCAGGGCCAACUGGCAUGGACCCUUCCCAGACUGCCUUCUUCCAGGCGUUGAACAUAGGCACCAAGAUCGUGAAGGGGCAGAUCGAGCUGGUCUCCGACUUCAAGAUCUUGAGCACAGGCGAGAAAGUCUCGGCUAGCGGAGCGGUCCUGCUCACGAAGUUGGGGAUCAAGCCUUUCGAGUACAAGAUUGAGGUGCAGCAGGUAUUUCAGGAUGCGUCGGUCUUCGAUGCUGCCGUGUUAGAUAUGUCCGAGCAGAUGCUUAUCCAGAAAUUCUUGUCUGGCAUUGCCAACAUGGCUGCUUUCAGCAGGGAAGUCGGUAUCCCCACAGCGGCGGGGCUGCCGCAUGCUUUCGGAAACGCCUUCAAAAACGUGGCAUCCAUGGUCGCCGACAUCGACUUCACCUUCUCCGAAGUGGAGGAUGUGAAAAAGUUCUUGCAAGAUCCGGACGCAUACGCUGCUGCAAAUCCUGUGGCGGCUACACCCGCAGCCAGCGGUGAUGCACCCAAAACGGAGGAGAAGAAGGUAGUUGUGGAAGAGGAAGAGGAGGAGGAGAUGGACUUCGACCUUUUCGGAUGA